AUGUACAUUGAGCCUGUUAUUGAGGAAUCAGUUGUGCUAGCUGGAAGGUUGGCAGAAGCUGGAUUUCAAAAUGGCCCUGUUGAGUUUAUAAGUCGUGAUAUUGCGUAUGCGAAUCUUAAUGCUGACGUGCUGAAGUUCUACCCAAGGAGAACAAUUUCUGAGCUUUUAGUGGAGAAAGAGCAAGGUGUAUUUCUUGUUCAUGCUGUUGUUGUUGCGGUCUUAAAGGGUGGUUAUUGGUGUUAUCCUUCUUGUAGAUGCCACAAUGAGUUGAAUUUACGUAAUGAUGCGUUUGAAUGUUCAAAGUGUUCUAUGAUCUUUGAGAAGAUGAUUCAUAGGUACCGUGUUAAGAUUGAAGUUUUUGAUGCUUCCGAUAAUGUUGUUUUUGUUCUCUUUGAGAGGGAAGUACAACAAUUGAUUAGUGUGUCAUGUGAAGAUUUAGUCAGUAACAUUAAGGUGGAUGAUGAUUCUAAUGUUGUCUAUCCACAAGAAUUUGAAGAUCGCAUACCUGGAAAAGAGCUUAUUUUUAAAAUACGUAAUGAUGGUGGAAUUACAUAUAAUGGAGCUGAAUGUUACCAUGUCCUUGCCAUUACUGAGGAUCCUGAAGCAAUUUCCUUAUUUCAUGCAUUACAAUCUAAUGAUUCAACUGCCAAUGCACAAUUUGGGACCAAUACCACUGGUGUUGAAAACAAUGAAGAGCUGGAAGACAAGGAAGUUGGUGGUUUUUCCUAUAAUACACCAUUUGAAGAUGUGCCUGAAAGUAGCACUGGAUCUUUACUUCCCAAACCAUUGAAGAGGAAAUUGGUGUUGGACUUUGAUGAUGAAUCUGAGGAGGAUGGUAAUCAUGUCCAAGUUGUGGAAGGUUUCCUGAAUGAGAAGAAUUCAUCUAACUUGGUGCUUUCUGCUGACGAAGACAACAUUAGGGUGGAAGUGGAUGAGGACAAAAGUAUUGAUGAUGCAGAUGAUGACUUUGAAUGUACUAUGAUGGAAAUUGCUGAGGAAGAUGAGUUAGAUGAUGAAGCUGAAUUGGAGGAUGAUCUUGCAUAUGUUGACUGAGUUACAAAUUCUGUUUUUCUAUGUGUUUCAUUAAGUUUAUCUAACUAUGGCACCAGCUUUAGGUUUAAGUAUUUUGGAUGUUAUGUUGUACAAUUAAGUCCUUUGUUUAGUUCAAGGGACAUGUUUAUGUUUCAAGUGCUUUAGGUAUAAGUAUUUUGGCUG